CUUUUUAACAUGAACACAAGAUCUCUCUCAUAGUCAUUUCUUCACACCAACAUACAUGAUAAAAAACAAAAACUCUCUUAAAUAAAGAAAUGACAUAUGUGGAAAUUUGACAGUGGCAGAUGCUGAAUGUGGUGGAGAAUGGAAAAACGCAACAAACUGGUUCAGGUCUUAUUCAUCUUCCUCAUUCAAUGUAUAAUAGCAUCAAAGGAUGAAGGGUUAGUAAAUGCUACCAGUUUGUGGGGGAAGAAGAUAGAUUUCAUGCAGAAGGACUGUAGUUUCUGGUUGCUGAAAAAUGAACGCAAAAUUCCUUCCUUGAAUGAGCUCAGUGUGUGUGUGAACAUAAAGAGGAAGCUCAGCAAUUCAUACUGGACCGCGUUCACGUAUCUGCACCCUAAUAAGACACGCAUAGAGCUUGGGCUGAAGGGAUUUGGAACAGAACUCCAUGUCAUAAUGUUUGGGAGAGUCUGGACCAAAUCUUCAGUGGUGUCCUUGGACAACUGGCAUUCAAUAUGCAUGACCUGGUCCAACUCCAUGACUGAGCCAAAAGUCUACAUCAAUGGAACCAAAGUAGAAUUAAAACCACAGUCUAAAGGAACGGCUCUGCAUCCUAACUGCUGUAGCGUGGCCGCCGGUGGCACUCUGACUUUAGCUGUGGCCCACAAUUUUGUGAAGAACAAGAUAAGCAUCGAGACGGGCACUGAACUGAAGGGCAGCUUAAGUCUAUUCAGGGUGUGGAAACGAGCACGCAGCGCUCAAGACAUAUCCACGAUGGCCUGCACUGAUGGGGAUAUGCUGCAUUGGGAGAAACGAAUCUGGAACAAAGCCGAAGACUGUAAGCCUAUACAAGACCUUACGCAAAAGUGCGACUGGCCUUUUUAUGAAGUAAAAUUAGUGCUUAUCAUCAUUCGUGAGGAUGGAAACAAAACAAACAUUUACGAUGCCCGAGAAGUUGCUCAUCAGUGGUUGACACAAGCAUUACAAGAAUGGCCAAAUCCUGUACAUUUGCAUAAAGUGAAAGUGUUUCCUAUAGGAAGUACUCUUACACGCUCCAAUGGAAGUGCAAAGGGGGGAACCAUGCAACAGUUUGCCACCAGUCCUGGACUCAGCCAGUUUGAUUGCUUGGCUCACCUGAAUGUGAUUUCUAAUGCUGAUGUAGGAGAAAUACAGGAUGAACUCACUGAGAUCCUCGCCAAGCGUUACAAAAUUGACCACUAUGAAAUAAAAACAGAUGCUAACUUCAUCUUCAUAUAUACUCUUGAUGAUCUCUUGCCGGACCUAGACACAAACCCACCCUUAACCGCGACUGAGUCUCUGCCUCAUACAACUGAAACACAAACAACCACAAUUCCUCAGCUGACGUCUACAACUACUGAAAUUAUUACUACUGCACAAACAACAGGCACAACACCCAAUCAAGUGGCAAUAACAACAGAAGUUGUUUCAUCCUCAACUGAAACAAAAAAAAUCACUACCUCCACACCAUCCAUGGAAACAACCCUGGCAGGAAGUUCCACAACUUUUUUAUCCUCCACAAGAAGUCUUACAUUCAAUACAGCCGCAUGCUCUUCUACUAUUUCACCUGAAGGAAACAUAUCAGAAAAUUAUUUCAGUGUCAAUGUCAAUGUGACUAUCAAUGGAUCUGGUGACCCUGAGAACAUAAUUACAACCUGGCUUCAUGAAACUCUUUCUGGUAAAGGAAUACAUGUGUUGCAUUUUAAACUCUUGACUUCCUCAACACAUGCACAAAAACGAAGUGUGGAAACAGAAUCAUUCAAAGUGGAAAGAAAGCGGUCUCUGCUUUCAGUAACAAGCCAUAGCUGUGUCUUUCAUGCCCAGGUAACAACUUACACAGACAUCAGAGAAACAGAAAAAUGGAUUCAUGGGCUUCUGGAGAAACAAUACACCAGUGGAGCAGUACUCUUAAAAGCACAACCUGAGGACAUUUUAAUUUCUUAUAUUGGGCCAUGUCCUGAGCACAACCAUCACACCAGGCAAGGGCUUUUCAGUUGGUCCCAAACUGGGGUUCAGCGCAACACCUCACUUUCCUGUGUGGGAAACCCUAAAAAGUUAGCCUAUAGGCAAUGUCUUCUGGAUGCAAACGUUGGAGCUCUUUGGAAAUCUCCAGACCUGCGGCAAUGCCAGGUUGUGGUCAACAGUGUGUCAGACCUGGAGGACAUUACAGUCACUUAUGACAAUGCAGAAGAUAUUCUGAUCAUGAUUGAGGACUUGAUACAUGAGAACAAAAAUCUGGAUGAGUACGAGCUCUCAACGGUACUCGAUAAACUAGCUGAUGUGAUUAACGUUAGUGUGAUCACGCCUCCGCUGGGAGAGGUCAUCAUCAACAUCACAUCUGACAUCCUGGAGUCUGACAGCAACCUGCUGCCUUUCACCAACAGCAUUCUGAACAUCACAGAGUCUGUCGGAGACCAGAUGUUAGGGUUCAGUGGAGAGUCAUUCAGCUUAACAGCUCCUGCCUUAGCAAUAUCAGUGGUCAAUAUUGACCAAGGAAAUUUUCACAACCUUACCUUUGGAGUCUCUUCCACUAACAAAGGCUUAAACCCUGAGAUUCAUAUCAACCGGGAACCUUUUAGUGGUACAGUGGCCUUCAUCUCUCUGCCCUCUGAAAUACAAGAGAGAUUCCCCAUUAUAAACAACACCAGCCCACGUGUUCAGUUUCAGUUUUAUGGAGUUCCGACUCUCUUUCAAACAAAGGAUGACCCAGAUGGGAAAAGACUGAACACUUAUGUGGUGUCUGCAAGUGUGACUAAUGCCACAGGAUGCAUUGAAAACCUAAAAGAAUAUGUUGCCGUCACUCUGCACCAUCUAACAAGUAAGAAAAAAGAUCAAGAUGUCCAGUGUGUCUUCUGGGAUUUCAAUAAGAAUGAUGGAUAUGGCGGAUGGAAUCCAAAGGGGUGCUGGACGUAUAAUAGCAGCAGUGAUUACACAACCUGUCUGUGUGACCACAUGACCCACUUUGGAGUGCUGCUGGAUGUGUCCAGGACUCCCAUUGAUGAGAAGAAUGAGCAAAUCCUCACUCUUAUUACAUACAUGGGCUGUGGUGUGUCUUCAUGCUUUCUUGGGAUCACAGUGCUAACAUACACCCUUUUAGAGAAGUUAAGAAGAGACUACCCAUCCAAAAUUCUGUUGAAUCUGUCUCUUGCAUUACUUGGACUGAACCUGGUGUUCCUGCUGAACUCCUGGAUUUCUUCCUUUGGCAUCUAUGGCCUGUGCAUUGCUGUGGCGGUGACCUUACACUAUUUCCUACUGACUUCUUUUACCUGGAUGGGCUUAGGGGCUGUGAAUAUGUACUUUGCUUUGGUUAAAGUUUUCAAUGUGUAUGUGCCCUCAUACAUCUUGAAAUUCUGCCUGCUUGGCUGGGGGAUUCCACUUAUUAUAUGUGGCUUGGUGGUGGCUAUAAAGAGGGAUGCAUAUGGCAUGAACACCAUGAGUGAUUCUCAAAUGACACUGGAUGAUUCAGAAAUGUUUUGCUGGGUGCAAAAUGAUGUGGUUUUCUACGUGUCAGUAGUGAGCUACAUAGCCUUUAUACUACUGUGCAAUGGCUCCAUCUUCUUAGUGGUUCUGAUCCAGAUCCGAAACAUGCAAGUCAAUCAACCGGCCGGCACCCGAAGUGGGAUCUUGAAAGACCUGCGGGCUGUGGUGAGCCUUACCUUCUUAUUAGGUCUCACCUGGUCUGUGGCUUUUCUCGCUUGGGGUCCUGUUAAAGUGUUCCUCCUCUACCUGUUCUCCAUACUGAACAGCCUUCAAGGUUUCUUUAUUUUUGUGUUCCAUUGUCUCAUGAAGGAAAACGUACGCAAGCAGUGGAGAAUACAUUUAUGUUGUGGAGCUUUCAAGCUGCAGGAAUGCUCUGAAUGGAGCCAAACUGCAACUGUGGUUCCCAAACACAAACCCAAUCCACCAAAUACGUUUCCUUUCAUGGCAUCUGUGAGAUCCAUCAAGUCUAAUUCAACUCAGAGCUCAACGGUUUCCUUAGAGUCCAAUCAACAUCAAAUGACUAUCACAAGACCCGACCUUGGAUUUGUAUAUGAAAACAGUUUCGUAAUACCAAGAGCCAGAGCAGGAUUGAUGGUUCUUCCAUAUGAUACAUCUCCUGCCACAGCAAGUGGGCUUGAGUUUCCUUCAAGGCCAUGGAAGAAUGGAUUUGACGCAGAUAUCUAUCCAACAUAAAUGUGACUGUUUUUGUUUGUUGCUCUGUACAGAAGCACACAUUAUUCUGGUAACUUUCAAUUUUAAAAUGACACUUGGCUCUUAAUAAAUGAGUGAAUAAAUAUGUAGAAAACUGAUUCCUCAGCUCAUAUCACAUUAUAUCUUAUCAUUGUUUCAUGAAAUAAUAGCAAAAUCAAGAAAAGGUAUGCUGAACCUUAAACAGAAAAUGAAAAAAUCUGACUUGAUUGGGAGUUACUGUACUAGUAUGCACCUAUUCCUGUAUCAACGUUAAAUAUUUAAAUGAUGUAUAAAACUGUAUCAUUUCUUUGAGGAGAUGUGGCCUUUUUGUGAAAUAAUCAACACGUUUCCUUAAUAAAUCUUUAAGGUCUAAAUAAAUCUUUCAAGUCUAAAA